ACAUCAUCUUCUACCAACAGUUUAAUAAAGCUGGGAAAUCAUAUGUUGACUCCAGGGAAUUACGAAAUUCCAUUCAGUGCCAUAUUACCCGGGAAUAUUCCAGAAUCCAUCGAAGGGCUUCCUGGAUGUUCUUCUAUAUACAGACUAGAAGCUACCAUAGAUAGAGGUAAGUUUCACAGCAGUAUAGUUGCCAAGAAACGAGUCAGGGUCAUCAGAACGUUGACUACCGAUGCUGUGGAAUUAUCGGAAACCAUGGCUGUUGACAAUACAUGGCCCCAGAAAGUGGAAUAUUCUUUAAGUUGCCCCAUGAAAGCUAUUGCUAUUGGAUCAGGAACUCCUGUUAGUGUAAUGAUCGUUCCAUUAUUAAAAGGUUUACAAUUGGGUGAUAUCAAGAUCCAGUUGGUGGAAAUGUAUUCCUACGUUGGGUACUUCCCACCGGUGCACCUGGGUGAAAGAAUAGUGUGUCAGAAGAAAGUACCUAAACCUAAUCCAGAUGCUUUGGAUUUAGAUAAGUGGGAGGUAGAAACAUUUUUGAAGGUUCCUGCUAGUCUUAGCAAAUGUACUCAAGAUGUGGAUUUAUUGACCCAUGUCAAAGUUAAACAUAAGUUAAAGUUCAAUAUUGCAUUAAUCAAUCCUGAUGGUCACACUUCUGAAUUAAGAGCUUCAUUGCCUGUUCAGCUAUUUAUUUCACCAUUUGUUUCAAUCCGCUCAAUUCCAGACGAAGAAACCAGUUCAGAAGACGAAUCUCAAGAAGUUUUGUUCGCCAAUAGCGAAUCACAGCUUUCAUUGGCUUCCUUACAUUCCAAUAGCAGUUCACAUACAUCAUUAACUGGAUUAGUUGCCCCUCCGCUUUAUGAACAACAUAUAUAUGAUAGAUUAUGGUCGGAUGUCUCACCUAUUGAAACACCCGUUACUUCUGGAGCAACAACUCCACGAGCUAUUCGUCCUGCAGCCAGCAGUGGAUCCAGUAGUGGAGGUUCAGACUUACAUCAAUUUCUGAUGUCACCACUUGAUUCUAACCUUCUUACCGAGAAUUUACGUCUUUUGAGUCUUCAAAGACAAUCACAAGAAGAUAAUACAUUUAACGGACCAUCAUCUCCACCAAAUAACGCUAGUUCUUCCCCAUUACGUAUACCUGCUCCUACACAUACUCGAGACCGUGCUACAUUCAACCUUGAUGGGGAUGAUUAUUUUGCUAGACGUCCACCAGCUAGGUCUCCAUUGCACCAAUCGUAUAUAAACGACCACCCAAGUCCUAUUAUGUCCCCUCCAGUACAUUUGUCCCGAGUUCCAUCAGAAGCUAAUAUGUCUACCAACGUUAGUGCAGAAGAUUUAUUACAAAUUCCAAGCUAUACACAAGCCAUCAAGGGUGAUAUUACUGACGAUUUAGCUCCAGCCUACGAGCCACCAUUACCUGGCUCGAACAUUGAUUUAGCUCUGGCCAACAAAAGAUUUGAGGAUUUACACAAACGAACUCCAAUAUCAAUGACACCCACCCUGUCAAGUUUAAGAGCCAGUGGAAGAUCAUCUGCUGGGACAUCACCCUCACCUUCUCAAUCACGAGGUUCGAGUUUGGUUAAUCUUGCUGGAUACUUUUCUCAUGCCAGGAGCAAUGGUGGUAGUUCCACUAACUUGGCAAGUUUGAAUGAACAUACUAGAAGUGAUAAUGUGGGAAGUAAAAUGUCCAAUAGUGGUAUGGCUGAUCGUGCAACUCUUGUUAACUUUCAUAAUAUGAGUUUUAGAAAGAAAGAUAAAAAGUAACAUUCUUGAGUUUAUUUAUUUGCAUUGUUUAUAGGGAAUUAAUAUAGAUGGAAAAUUAAUGUAAGCAACAUUGUUAUAUUGGUAGAUACAUACUCAAACGCUUAAACACGCCUUUUUGAUAGAUGCCAUUAUAUAGAAUGUGUUUCCCUCUGUGAAAGGAUAACAUUUUGGCAGC